AAUUGCGAAAGCUACAGGUAUUUGCUAAUUACAGACAACCAGAUAUAUAAAAGUGUUUUCAACCGUAAAAAUAACGAUCACUGAAGGAGCAAUUUACUGACAAAAAUCGCAAUUUGGAUGAAUUGCGCAUAAAAAGAAGUAUAUCUGGGGAGUUGUUGAACAUUAAAUAUAACCUAAAGACGUAUUUAUUUAUCGGCAAGCCUGUACGUGUAUAAUCUAAUCAAAUUCCACUAGUCUCAUUACUUAAUAUUCCAUUUGAUUUGGACAAAUUGAAUAUAGAAUUAAUGAAGUCUUUCGUUGAAAUUUAGUAGUGCUGUAGUAAAGUGAUCUGACCGCGGAUUGAUUAUUUAAAAGAGGCGAAAAAGUUAACGUUUUGGGGUAGUUUAUACUACUGGGUUAUUGUGUUAAAUAUUGACUUUGGAUUAUUCGUGUAUAUACAAAUAGAUGCAUAGUUAGCCUACAUAGUGAUAAAUAAUAUACCUGGUAUUGUUGGCGAAUAUAAAUACAUUUUAUAUUUGUUUGUGCAUUAUAUGCUGGAUUGUGUUCUGUAGAAAAGAUUACUACACUGUGUAUAAUCAUGUAACAGAAGAAAAUGGACAUGAAUAUUGUAGAAGAAAUCGAAAUAGUGGAUACAGGAAAUGACGUAGACCUAAUGCAGCAGGUGCUCCGGGACGACGAGAAUUUUAUUCGAAACGUGUCACAGUUUUUCAAUCAGAAAGAUCUCAGUGACGUCACGAUCACUGUUGGUGAACAAAGCUAUUUCGGACAUAAGUUUGUUCUUGCAAAAUCUAGCGAUGUCUUCCGAACGAUGCUUUACGGUGAUGGCUGGACUCAAGGCCAAGAUCAAGAACUGAUUCUAACAGAGAGUGACGAGUGCCAAGCAGUAUUUGACGUUUUUCUACGAUUCAUGUAUACGGCGGAAGUGACCGUUACCGUGGAUACGGCGGUUGGGAUUUUAUGUCUGGCCGACAAAUACAACGUAACGUCAUUAAAGUCAUUAUGUGUGGGAUAUAUGAUUCAAAACACACAGUCACCUAGGGUACACAAUGCCUUACACUGGUAUAACUGGGCAAAAGCACUACAUCUUGAAGAUCUGGUUGAGUCCUGUACUAAAACAAUUGCAUGGAAUAUUGAAGCAAUACUUGGCUCAACCGAGUGGCAUAAUAUGGACUUACAGUUUAUUCGGGAUAUUCUAAAUAACUCGGGCCUGGUAGUAGCCAAUGAAUACUUGCUUUACACCGGUUUAGUUUCCUGGUUGCAGUAUGAAUCACACGAAGAAAACUUAAGAGAAAAUGCAGAGGCUCUCUUACCGCUGAUUCGGUUUCCGCAGAUGUUAGUGAGUCAGUUGUAUAAUAUUGAGUUAUCUGAUUUUUUCGAGCUGCCGGAAGUAAACUGUAUCUUAAAGGAACUUGUAAAUAAAGCAUACAGGUACAGAUCACUGUGUCCUACACAAGUUAAGCUCGAUGUAACGUUUGACGGACCGUUUUACAAGCCGAGAAAUUACAUGGACCUUGCUGUUGACUCGGUGCUUAUGCAAAAUACGCUACGAUUCGGAAUACAGGUGGAUGUGCGCACAUAUGCCGGACCAGUUGUGUCUGAAAACCGCAACGGAGAGUGGAAAAUUACGUACAGAAAACAUGAAAAUAACUGGACUAUAAAUCUGUUUUGUCAUGAAUCUGCCACUAUUAACGGUGAAGCCUUUAUCGAAGUGUGUGUUCUGAUAUUUAAUGAUGAGGAAAAAGUUAUACAAGUUGACAUGGUUCCGGCAACAGUCUGUACAAGGACAAACAACCUUGGACUUAACGUCAACGUAGACAAUCCCGCCGCUUCGAAAAAUAUGGUCUUGUUGAUAAAACCCGUACCGCAUUAACUGCAUUUAUUAGCACAUUUUAUACUAAGAUGCCUGAACUAAAAUCACUUACAGCACGGGAACUUUCUUUCCGUAUGUGAGAGUAAAGUAAGUAAGUAAAUAGAUAUUUUAUUAUUGCGACAUGUGCAUAUCAUAAUAUCAAUAUAAUGAUAUUUCAAACAUACAAAAGUGGGCCUCGAAAGCUGGCCAGUCAUAUUUGAGCAACAUUUUCUGACACUUUUCAGUUAUUAUAUGUUCUGUUAGAGGUAUAUUUAAGGAACAGUAAGACCCAUUACAUACAGUUAGAUCCAUAUCGGAAAUGUAUAUUUCAUUACUGUUUAUGACAUUUUGUAGUUAUCUCCCUUUUCAUCAAAAGUGCAUUAUUUCUUCUGAUUUCAAGGUAAUUUCUAGUUUUACAUUUGUAUUUGAUAAAUACUGAGAUAUUUCAACUACCUGAAAAAAUGCAAGUUUUAAAACAGCGUGUAGCUUCGGAAUUAACUUAAUUGUCAAUCCAUCUUGGUUUCGCAACCAAGAUAGACAAAGGGAGGUAAUGAUAAUUUUAUAAACUUGCAUUUCCAAUGAAUUUUGGCAAAUAUAUGACACAUAUGAAAUAAAUGGCAUACAGUAAUGUGUAUACUGGAUAUACAGAAGUCAAACAGUAAAAGAUCUUUGCGGGAUAUGUAUUCAGCAAAAGUUAAUAGGGUCUUAUGUAACUAUACAAAGUCCGUUCUCUCAAAACAUUGUUAAACUGAUAAUGAUAUGAAUAUACACAAAAUUAUGUACAGUGCGCACGCGCGCGCGUGUGUGGAGUUUAAACGGGAACUACCAGUUCAAGAAAGUGGACUUUGACUCUGUCUUCAAAUGUAUGUCUUUCAAAUUAAAAACACUUGG